CACAAACUACAAUCAUGGCGGACGAAGAUGAUAUAGAUAAUUUUGAUGAUGAUCUGGAUGAUGUAGUUGAUGACGAUGAGGCUGGUCUUGAUGAUCUUGACAACCCAGAUGAUGAAGAUGAACAGCUUGAUAUACUGCCUGCACAGGGGGAUGCCCCACAAGAAGCCCAACGAAAGAUUACAACACCAUACAUGACUAAAUAUGAACGGGCCAGAGUGCUAGGGACAAGGGCGCUACAAAUUGCCAUGGGAGCUCCUGUAAUGGUGGAGCUAGAAGGUGAAACAGAUCCACUAGAAAUUGCCAGAAAAGAACUAAAAGUUCGCAAGAUUCCAAUAAUUAUUCGUCGAUAUAUGCCGGAUGGAAGUCACGAGGAUUGGGGAAUUGAUGAACUCAUAAUUGACGUGUAUUGAUGAUAAAGAAGAUUCAAUAAACUGAUUUGGGCCCAGAUAAGAUGACAUCAUCUUCAUCCAGUUACUUUCACAUGUCAUUUAAAUUCCCAGGAUUUUGACCAUUUCUUGAUUUUAGGCAUCAGUAAAGACAGAAUUUCACAAUUUUGAAAUUCACCAACAUUAUCCUGUGAAAUCAAAGUAAUAUACAGUAUUAUGAUAACUCCAGACUGUAUCCAUAGAAACCAUUAUAUAAUCAUAUAUCUCCCUUUUACAGCCACUAUCUACUUUUGUUUCCUUGCAUAAAAGAUAUUCAUCACAAUUUGAAACUUUUAUUUCAAAAUUAUAGACGUCGCCAUAUUUGAUAUGAUUUAUCGAAAAUUGCGAGUGCAAUUAAAGAAAGCAACAGAAAAUUUGAAAAAAAUUGCCCUGAUAUUUUGGCUGGAAAAAAAGGUGUUGACUGUACAGUAUUGAAUGAUUAUGGGCAAUUUUAUUGUUGUGUAUUUUAUGAAUAUCAUUGUUUUUAUGAAUAAAUGAGUUUUCUUUAAA